AUGGUCCUUGUGCUGUAUUGAAGCCUCAUACUAAAGGACAUGAAACAUCACGACUUCAGCAGGAGGCUACUGGUGCUCUCUGUCCUUUCAACUAUCUUUGAUUCUCUUAAUGCGGUCGAAGUCUGUUCCAACACUAUUCUGCCAGGAUCUAAAGGAGACCAGGGUGAAGGGGGAGGCGAGGGAGACCAGGGACGGCUGGGAAAGACCGGCCCACCAGGACUACUAGGUCUGACAGGGGAGCUCGGAGAUAAAGGAGAGCAGGGCCGGACGGGGAAGAUGGGUCCUGCUGGAGACCAAGGAGACGCAGGAGACGCAGGAGUUGAUGGACCCUCUGGACUGAAAGGGAAAGCAGGGGCAACAUGUGACUGUGGGAGGUACAGGAAGGUCGUUGGACAGAUGGACAUCAAUGUCAGAAAGCUGAAGAAUGCAAUCAAGUUUGUGAAAAAUGUCAUUUUAGGCAUAAAGGAAACGGAGGAGAAAUUUUACCUGAUUGUGAAAGAGGCCAGAAAGUACCGAGAGGCUCUGAUAAACUGUAAGCUGAGGGGCGGUCUGCUCGCCAUGCCCAAAACAACAGACACCAACACCCUGAUAGCAGACUACGUCACCCAGGCCGGCCUUACCCAGGUCUUCAUCGGGCUGCAGGCUGGGCAGAAGGGGGGAGGACCUGUUUACGCAGACCUGACCCCAGUGAGGAACUAUACAGCCUGGGGCCUAGAGGAGCCAUCAGGGGCACCUUCCAACACCAGCUGUGUGAAGAUGGUCAGCACAGGCACCUGGAACCAGGUGGAGUGUGACAUCACCAUGUACUACGUGUGCGAGUUCAAGAAGAGCAGGAGAGGUCUCGCCGCCGUGCUGUGAUGUCAUCAAGUCGGUGGAAAGUUGUUGACGUGGACAUUAGACCUUUAUGCUAAGACAGAAACCAGUAGUACUUUAACCUAAUAGUUAAACAUGUAGCCUUAUAGUAACUAGACAAAGGUCAUUGAUAUAACCUAGCCUAUUGAUAUUAAUGAGAGAUAAAAGUUGGUAUCCAUGGGGGCCUCCCGAGUGGCGCAGCGGUCUAAGGCACUGCAUCGCAGUGCUAGAGGUGUCACUACAGACCCGGGUUUG